AGUUGUACAUGAACGAUUUCUACGCGCUAAGAUGAGUCUCAUACCCACUGGAAAGAUGCUUUAUCGGCUACUUCUAGCGAUCUUGCUCUUUCAUUCACAAGUAGAUGGCAAUUAUUUCAAUACCAACUCCAAAAGAAACGAUCAAUGCUUCUGCAAGUUGAAAGGUUCCAUAGACGACUGCACCUGCAAUGUAGAUACUGUAGACUACUUUAACAAUAUGCGAAUAUAUCCGAGAAUUCAAAGUCUUCUAGUCAAAGAUUACUUUAGAUUCUAUAAAGUAAACUUAAAACAAGACUGCCCAUUUUGGGCAGAUGACAGCAAAUGCGCCAUACGUUAUUGCCAUGUUCUACCUUGUCAAGAUGAUGAUAUUCCAGAAGGUUUAAAGGGAGAGAUUCCAAGGAAUAUACAUUUAAAUGAAAGUCCACUAGACAAAUAUAGAGCCAAUGCACAAUUUACAGACUGUGGGCAAAGUGCGAGAGAUCACAAUAUAGAACUUGGUUACUUGAACACAACAAUUAGUGUGGAGAAUUACAAAGAAUUUGAAAGAUGGCAGCAGCACGAUGAUGCCCAGGAUAAUUUUUGUGUAAAAGAAUCCAGUCCUGGGGAAUAUGUGGAUCUUUUACUCAACCCUGAAAGAUACACAGGAUAUAAAGGUGCCAGCGCACAUAGAAUAUGGCGGAGUAUUUACAUGGAGAAUUGUUUCAGACCUGAAAAUUCACCUCACAUUUUUAUACAAUCUUCUAAAAUCAAUGGAAUGUGCUUAGAAAAACGAGUUUUUUACCGAGUUAUAUCUGGCUUGCACGCUAGCAUCAAUAUACAUUUAUGCUCGAAAUACUUGUUAGUCCCGCAAGAUGGUUUGCGAAUAUCGUCCGAUAAUCAAUGGGGUCCUAACUUGGAGGAAUUACAAAGAAGAUUUUCAUAUGAAACAACAGGCGGUGAGGGUCCUAACUGGCUAAAAAAUUUAUAUUUCGCUUAUUUACUUCAGUUGAGAGCUUUGGCCAAGGCUGCACCUUACUUGGAGAGAGAAGAAUAUUAUACAGGAAACAAGGUAGAUGACGAGGAUACAAGACUGGCUAUGAAUGACAUACUCAGCAUUGUCAAGUCAUUUCCGGAACACUUUAAUGAGACAGUUAUGUUUACCGGUGGAACACAAGCGCAAUUGUUGAAAGAAGAAUUUAGACAACAUUUUAGAAAUAUUUCACGUAUUAUGGAUUGUGUAGGAUGUGAGAAAUGCAAGCUAUGGGGUAAAUUGCAAAUUCAAGGUCUGGGUACUGCGUUAAAAAUACUAUUCUCAGGAAAAUUUGAUAGAUGGGAACCGACGCUCAACAAUCUGAACCGAAAGUUAUUCUUUUUGGAAAGAAGCGAAAUUGUCGCGUUGGUGAAUGCUUUUGGAAGAUUAUCAGAAAGUAUCUUCGAGUUGGACAAAUUCCGCAAAAUGAUGAGAUAACGUACCAAUAAUUUCUAAUUAGGAAAUUUCCACUACGAAACAUCACAUGAAAACAUCACGUUAUUCGCUAUGUACUUAUUACUUUUGAUAGCGUCCCGAUUUUCUUUACUAGUGCUAAAAAUCUAUAUAUAAUUUAUAUUACAUACACACACACACACGCACGCGCGCGCGCGCGCACAUACACACACACACACAUACAUAUUGUAGAUUUUCACUACUGGCAAUGAAUAUCGGAAUGCAGUCUUUAUUAUGUAUGGAUCAUAAAUUCAGCUGCAAUCUUGAUAUUGCAUAAGGCGAUGUCAGCUGUAAUGACGUCCAUAUCUUGAUUAUAUACAACAAUUUCUUCCGAUAUUACUAGUAAUAUAUGUAUAUAUAUAUAUAUAUAUAUAAAUUCACAUCGACAGAUACGUAUACCUAAAAUAUAUGAAUGCUGGGACCGAUCCCAUUCGCGUUUACUCAUGUUAAGGCUCCUAGGGAGUCGCAUCAUCCAUCUCUUUUUAAUGACGUCAGAAGCGAGAAAACGCAUGCUAAAAAUUCUUGCAAAAUACGUCGAGAUAAACAGAUAUAUUCACAAAACGACAUUUGCAGUCGAUUAAAUACACCUCUAAA